CGCUCUGCGCACGGCUCUUCUCGCAUAGGGCACCGAUGCAAGUCGCCCCGAAGCCCCCCCCCCACCGCCCCGCAACGCAGGCGGGGCCAAGACUCCUGCGACCCUUUUCUCUCCAGCCGGCGGUUGGGCAAGUAGCACGUCCCCGCCUGCACCAUGCACAAAGGGACAAGCAUGGUCCUGCGUCCUCAUGGAAGGCGCUGCCUCCGGCAAUUGCCUGGAGGGCUCAGCAUCCUGAGAGAACUGAACCAGCAGCGUGCGGAAGGGCCGGUUACUAGUCCGGUUCCCUUAGGCGAUCGCCGCGCCUGGCACGGGAAACUCCGCGGCGUUCAUCUUAGUUUGGUUUGGUUUUAGUGGGAUUUGCUUUUGUUAGGGGCUAAAGAGGAGCCCAGGAUCCCAUACACGCUAGGCUAGCUCUCUACCCCCACCCUCACCCCCCAGCACAAGGUGAUUGUUUCCAACCACCAAAGAAGUGUGACCGACCGAAAGCCGGUGUGGUGGCGCACGCCUUGUAAUCCAGCUCUCGGGAGGGCGAGCAGGAGGAUGGCGAGUUCGAGGCCACCGAGACCCUGUCUCAAAACAAGCCAAACAGAAUGUACGGCGAGAGACGCUCUGGCGUAACCAUGCUAGCACUAAAAAAGGAAGCUUAUCGGGCACAGGUUGACGAGGAGGGGCUGCUGACAGAGCGCACUCACAGCACAGGCAAAGUGGGAUCAGUCCCUCGGGAGUCCCCACCGCGACCACUGCAGACUGCGGGACUGGGGGCGGGGGCAUGCACAAUUGUCCCCAUCCUUCUCCGCCCCGCCUAGCGAGUUCUGCCUGAUCUCUUGGCCUAAUUCCCUGGUGGAAGUCCAGAGCCGGCUGUGGAGAGGGAAGGCCAUCGCCCCACCCCGCCCCGCGGUCCUCUGUCCCGCAGGCGCAGGGCCUUAGGGCCUCCUCGGGUGCAGGCCCUCGCUCCGGGUGACCCUGGUAGCCAGCGCGGCAGGUGCAGCCCCGAGGCAGCGCGUGGCAGAUGCAGAUCUCCAGAGUGGUACCCGUGACGGCCGUGAAGUCAUUCCAGGCUGUCAGCCCUGUGUUUGACAAUCUGAUGUGAAGAUGGCAGCCAGGGUGAUCUGGGGUAGCCUCGGCCUGCUUCGAGUCUUGUGGUGUCUCCUUCCCCAGACUGGCUACAUACACCCAGAUGAGUUCUUCCAGUCCCCCGAGGUCAUGGCAGGUGCGCACCAGCACACUCAGCUUGAGAACAAGAACCAUGGCAUGGGGGGCCUAACUCCGCCACAGGGCUCAACAGAGGACAUCCUGGGAGUUCAGGCUUCGCGGCCCUGGGAGUUUUACCCCAGCAGCUCCUGCCGCACCGUGGUCUUUCCACUGCUGACCUCUGGCUCUACCUUCUGGUUGCUCAGGCUCUGGGAAGAGCUGGGGCCUUGGCCUGGUCUGGUGAGUGGCUACAUGCUGCUGGUGGGGCCCCGACUCCUCCUCACUACCCUCUCCUUUGCCCUGGACUGGGCUAUGUACUAUUUGGCCCCCGUGUGGGGGGCAGAUCGCUGGAAUGCCAUGUGCCUGCUGUCGGGGUCCUAUGUCACCCUGGUCUUCUACACAAGGACCUUCUCCAACACCAUCGAGGGACUGCUCUUCACCUGGCUGCUGGUGCUCGUGUCCCCUUACGUGGCACGGAGUCCCAAAUCAAAGCCGCCUACCCCAGGUCCAUGGUGGCACCGCUGCCUUCUUGGCGCUAUCGUGGCGGCCGGCUUCUUCAAUCGGCCAACCUUUCUAGCCUUUACUCUGGCCCCCCUCUCUCUCUGGGGCAUCCACAGGGCCUCGGAACCUGGCGUCAAGGCCUUGAUCCGGGAGGCCCUGGCGCUGCUGCCGGGGGCUGCCCUUGCUGCCAUGCUGUUUAUAACCACGGACAGCUGGUACUUCUCCAGCCUCUCGACAUCCGGGAGCCUUGUCCUCACGCCUGUCAACUUCUUGUCCUACAACCUGGAUCCCCAAAACCUUGCAAGGCACGGCACGCAUGCGCGGCUCACUCACCUGGCGGUCAAUGGCUUCCUGCUCUUUGGGGUAUUGCAUGCUCAGGCCCUGCAGGCUGCAUGGCAGCAGCUUCACCGCUGCCUCCGUGCGCUCCCGCAGACGGGCUUCUUGGGGGUGCUGGGUGCACCGUCUAGCUCCAAGUCUUAUCUCCUCCUCCUCUACUUUACACCCCUGCUCCUGCUUUCUGCCUUCAGCCACCAAGAGGCCAGAUUCCUGAUUCCCCUCCUAGUCCCGCUAGUCCUGCUCUGCAGUCCACAAACCCACCCUGUACCCUGGAAGGGGACCCUGGUCCUCUUCAAUGCUCUAGGGGCUCUCGUCUUUGGCUGCCUGCAUCAGGGAGGUUUGGUACCCGGCCUGAAGUACUUGGAGCACAUAGUCCACACGCCCGUCCUGCCAGGCACGACCACCCGCUACACGCUUCUCUUCGCUCACACCUACAUGCCUCCCCGGCACCUCCUACACCUCUCCGGCCUGGGGUCGCCUGUGGAGGUGGUGGACAUGGGUGGCGCUGAGGACUGGGUCCUGUGCCAAGCCUUGAACAACUUCAGCAGACAACCAGCCUGCCGCGUGGCUGGCGGGCCACAGCUCUGCCGACUCUUUGUGGUAACUCCCGGGACCAACAGGCAUGCUCUGGAGAAGUGCAGCUUUCCUCUCAAGAAUGAGACGCUCUUGUUCCCCCACCUGACCCUGGAGGACCCUCCAUCCCUGUCCUCUCUGCUCAGCCGGGCUUGGAGGAAUCACCUUAGCCUCCACGUCAUAGAGCUGGAGGGGAAGCCUGUCGUGACGGAGGAGCUAUGGCCCAGGAGACAGCCAUAGAAGGGGCCACUCCACCUUCUACACUGGGCUGCUGUGCUGGGACACCCGAACAGGCCUCCCCCUGCUGUCUCUUCCCGGCACAGCUACGGGUGUUCCUCCAGGUGAGCCCACAUCCCUUCCCCUUAGACACCAAAGAUCUGACCAGUCCCGGUCCCAAGGCCAAGGUCCCCAAGGCAACCUGGCAAUACCCACUGGCACAUGUCUCUUCCCAGGCCGUCACCUCCAAUCGCUGUAUCACGGUUCAAAUACAGAGUAGCACUGCUUAUCAAAGAC